ACAAUGAAGUUCGGUAAAGAAUUUGCUUCACAAAUGGUGCCAGAAUGGCAAGCAGCAUACAUGAACUAUAAUCACCUCAAAAUUCUCAUCAAAGAAAUCUUGAUUUUUUGGCGACUUCAGCAACACGAAUCAACAAUGUCUUAUCAGGCAAAUCUACCGCUACCAUCAAAACGGUCUUCUAGGAAACGAAAGGUGUCUCUUAACCGAGCAUUUGGUGGACUAUCGAACCGCCAUUCAGUUAACAAUGAUAAAGAGGAUGAAGUGAUUCUAGUGAGCGCAAUGCAGCUGUCGGAGGAGAACCACCAGACGGUUUUCCUCCGGUCAUCUGAGGACGCGGGUGAGUCCGAGCUCGCGUUCUUCAAACGACUUGAUGAGGAGUUGAAUAAAGUGAUCAGUUUCUACAAAACAAAGGUAGGUGAGAUAGUGAAUGAAGCGGAAGAGUUGAGUAAACAAACAAACACUCUCAUCGCUCUUCGAAUCAAAGCCGAAGAUCCAGAUUACUGUGGUUCGUCGCGUAUAUUUUCCUCUCGGUUCACAGAUGUGAUUCAAGAAAGUAAGACGCGCGGAGAAGGAAAAGAUAAACAGAGAACGGGAAGUGACGGCCUAGUUAAGGAACAAGAAAUGGUUUCUACGGACAUGUUAAAUCAUGUAAAGAUCAACGUUAUGCCAGAAACCCCUGUGUCGUCACUGAAAACCGCUUUCAGUAGUUCAAAAUUAGGCUUAUCGUUCAGAAAAAAGGAAAUGCGAGAGGCAGAAAGGAAGCUGAAGCAGGCUUUUAUUGAGUUCCACCAAAAGCUUCACCAUCUGAAAAGCUAUUCAUUCUUAAAUCAACUGGCUUUCUCCAAGAUUAUGAAGAAGUAUGAUAAGAGUACGUCUAGAAAUGCAUCAAAAGCUUACUUAGAGAUGGUUGAGAAAUCUUACUUGAACCAAUCUGAGGAGGUCGCUAAGCUUGAGGAGAGCGUUGAAGCUGUUUUCAUUGAACACUUCUGUAAUGGGAAUCGCGGUCUAGGAAUGAAAAUUUUGCGACAGAAGGCUAAAACAGACAGGCAUAGAGUUACAUUUUUCAUUGGUUGUUUCGUUGGAUUAUCAUUAGCACUCGUCAUGGCAAUAAUCCUAUUGAUACAUGUUAGAAAACUUCUCAAGAGUACUGAAGGUCGAGAUCAAUACAUGACUAACGUGUUUCCAUUAUACAGCGUGUUUGGAUACCUCGUCUUACAUUUUCUAAUGUACGCGGGAAACAUAUACUUUUGGAAGCGUUAUCGCGUCAACUACGCCUUUAUAUUUGGGUUCAAACCCAAUACCGAACUAGGUUAUCGUGAAAUACUACUAGUCAGUUCUGGUCUAUCAGUACUCACUCUUGCAGCCGUUCUUUCAAAUCUUGAAAUGGACAUAGAUGAUCAUGUUAAAAGCUACAGAACUCUAACGGAACUAGUUCCUCUUGGGUUGGUCAUUCUUGUACUUUUGAUAGCGUUCUGUCCGUUUGACAUCAUCUAUCGUGCAAAUCGUUUCUUCCUAAUUACAUGUAUAUGGCAUUGUAUUUGUGUUCCUCUUUAUAAAGUUACCCUGCCUGAUUUCUUCUUGGCUGAUCAGCUAACUAGUCAGGUUCAGUUAUUCAGGAACUUGGAGUUCUAUAUAUGCUAUUAUGGUUGGGGAAACUAUAAGAAGAGAGAUUCUAUCAAAUGCCGAGGAAGUAGCAUAUACGACAAUAUUUCAUUAGCAAUUGCUAUUAUCCCGUAUUAUAUUCGUCACAUUUCCAACAGAUUUAAACUAAACCGUCAUUUAAUAUUCUUUCAGUGCUUACGACGUCUACUUGAUGGAGAAGAUUCGAGUCAAGCUGUGAACGGGCUCAAGUACUUAUCAACGAUUGCAGCUGUUAUCGCGAGAACUUUUUAUGCUCAAAAGAAAGGACUGACACUGAAAUUAGUCGCUGCAUUCACUUCGGUCGUCGCUACAGUUUACAACACAUAUUGGGAUUUAGUUUGCGACUGGGGACUUUUACGGAGAAAUUCUGAAAACCCGUGGUUAAGAGACAAGCUUCUUUUACCACACAGAUGGAUUUACUUUUUAGCGAUGUUAGUGAAUGUGAUACUAAGACUAGCUUGGAGGCAAACAGUGUUUGAUUUUCAUGAAGCUCCGUUUCUCCACCGAACAGCGUUAAUCGCUUUGAUCUCCAGUUUGGAGAUCAUUCGACGCGGUAUAUGGAACUUUUUCAGGUUGGAGAAUGAGCAUCUGAAUAACGUUGGAAAAUAUCGAGCUUUUAAGUCUGUGCCAUUACCUUUUAGUUACGAGGAUAACAAGCAUCUAUAAUAUGGUUCGAAACACAUGGUUGGAUGAUAUGUCUCUCAGUUUCUGAAAUGUAGUUAUUCGUUCUUUGUUAAUAACAACAAUGGCUGGCGACUUUCGGAAAUAAAACAAGCAAA